AUGCAAUACGACAACUCUGACAACCCCGCCACCCCCCGCUCCCCUUCGCCUUCCCCCUCUCCCUCCCCUAUCCCAGGCCCGAUGUGCAUAGCAGUCACCGGCGCCCUAGGCCUCGUCGGCGUCCAACUCUGCCACCACCUCCUCUCCCUCCACCACUCCGUCGUCGCCAUCGACGUCCUUCCCGCUUCUGCCCCGCAACACCAGAUCGAUCCGUUGAAUACCAAGGGGUACAAGUACGUCCAAGGCUCGGCGGAAGGUAUCGAUGGGUAUAGAGAGGCGUGUCGGGGGUGUACGGGUAUAGUGCAUUUGGCGGCGGUUUAUACGCGGAGGGAGAGGCCGGUGCCGGACUAUCGCAUCCACAAUGCCAACGUCGCCAUGUCCUACAAUACCCUCUGCAUCGCUGUCGAGCUGGGAAUCAACCGUGUCGUCUUGGCGAGUAGUGUCAAUGCUAUGGGCAUGUUAUAUUGCAAUAGACCGAAGUUCCACUACCUGCCCCUGGAUGAAGACCACCCAUGCCGUCCCGAAGAGCCCUACUCUGUCAGCAAAUACCUAAGCGAGCUCCAAGCCGACUCCUUCAUCCGCCACUACCCCUCCUCCCCCCUCCGCAUCGCCUCCCUCCGCCUGCACGGCGUCGUCCCCUCCCACCUCUGCACCCCCGCCUCCCUGCACGAGCUCGGCGGCGCGUGGAAAGACCUCUGGGGGUGGGUGUCCAACCCCGGUGUGGCGCGCGCUUGCGAGCUCGCGCUCACGGUUAGGGAGGAUUCUUUCCCGGCGGGGCGGCAUGAGGUGUUUUUCAUUGUGGCGCCGACAAUUUGUCAGCAGCGGUCGACGCAGGGGCUUUUGGAAGAGUUUUAUGAGGAGUAUAAGACGGAGGAGGGGAGGGGGACGAUAAGGGGGGAGAGGAGGGAGGGGAGGGGCAUGCAGGGCAAUGAAGGGUUGUUUGAUUGUGGGAAGGCGGAGAGGAUGUUGGGCUGGGUGGAGGAGGGGUUUCCGCUGGGGAGUUGA